AGUAGUAAAGUAUAUAGUAAAAUUGAUGUCCCGUUACGCUGUCAUUUUAUUUCCGAAGAUAACAAUUCGAGACGAUGUGCAAUAACCUGUACAUUUUAACCAUGGCAGUCGUCCAAGGCUCUUGCUUGCUAUAGUCUAUAGUUACUUAGUAUUUACUACUACAUCUACUCUUUGCACUGGUUAGUCGGUCAAUAAUAACGAUAAUUAAUCCAGUUGAUGUUCUAUAGCAAAUCUGUUUUAGAGGCCUAAAAUAUUUAAAUUUUACAUCAUCACAAGUGUUUAUAUUUCUGUCAUAAUGUCCAUUUCAAAAUUGUCUUCGCUUUUAUCUAAUACUGGUUUAAAAAGUGCUGUAAAAAGAUCAAUUUCUUCUUUGUCAUCCUUAUCUGAGACUCAUCAAUUAUUGUACAAAACAUGCAGGGAUUUUGCAGAGGGCGAGCUUAAACCUAAUGCGGCCCAGUUUGAUCGAGAGCACUUAUUUCCUGAAAAACAGGUAAGACAGAUGGGUGAAUUAGGUUUAAUGGCUAUAGAUAUUCCAGAAUCAUUAGGUGGUACUGGUCUCGACUACUUAGCUUAUGCUAUUGCCAUGGAAGAAAUUUCUAGGGGUUGUGCAUCUGCUGGAGUAAUAAUGAGUGUAAAUAAUUCUUUGUAUCUUGGUCCUAUUAAUAAAUUUGGCAAUGACCAACAAAAAAAUGAAUUUAUUACACCAUUUACAACUGGAGAAAAAAUUGGGUGUUUUGGUCUUAGCGAACCAGGCAAUGGAAGUGAUGCGGGUGCUGCAUCUACGUUAGCUAUAAAAAAUGGAUCUAAUUGGAUACUAAAUGGUACCAAAUCAUGGAUUACGAAUGCACAUGAAGCCAAAGCAUCAGUUGUAUUUGCUACUACUGAUAAAGCAAAGAAACAUAAAGGAAUUAGUGCUUUUUUGGUGAAAAGAGAGUAUUCUGGGUUUUCUCUUGGAAAAAAAGAAGACAAACUUGGCAUACGUGGCUCAUCCACGAGUAAUUUAAUUUUUGAAGACUGUUUGAUUCCCGAAGAAAAUCUUUUAGGAGAACCAGGGAUGGGAUUCAAAAUCGCCAUGAUGACAUUAGAUUCUGGUCGCAUCGGAAUUGCUUCUCAAGCAUUAGGUAUUGCUCAAGCCUCCCUUGAUGUUGCUGUAGAGUAUGCAACUAAAAGAAUAGCUUUUGGUGCUCCCAUUUCUAAAUUGCAAAGUAUUCAGAACAAAAUUGCCGACAUGUCAUUACGAUUAGAAAGUGCACGUUUAUUGACGUGGAGAGCUGCUGUUCUUAAAGAUGAACAUAAAUCUUUUACUAAGGAAGCAGCAAUGGCAAAAUUAGCAGCAUCUGAAGCAGCGACAUUCAAUUCACAUCAAUGUAUUCAAAUAUUAGGUGGAAUGGGCUAUGUAAGUGAUAUGCCCGCAGAGCGUCACUAUCGUGAUGCUCGAAUAACUGAAAUAUAUGAAGGAACAUCUGAAAUACAAAAGCUUGUAAUUGCUGGAAAUGUUUUAAAAGAAUAUAAUCUAUAACUAUUUUUAUGUUCAUUAAUAACUCAAAAGGUGUAUAGUUGUCAUAGCUAUCAAUUAUGAAACGACUGAAAAAUUUUCUCAUUAAUUACUUUCUUAGAUUUAUAUUUAAUUUACUGUAUACCAAUUAUAAGUGAUUUUUUAUUGAAAAUGCAUUAUGUACAUUUCAUUUUAAUUACACUUAUUAUUUUUAAUCUACAUUUAAUUUUUUAAAAAAAAACAUGUACCAAAAUCUUCAAUUGUUAAUGAAUAUUAAAUCUUAAACCAUGUAAUAAU